CUUAUUCUUUUUUUGAAGAUGAUAUGGUUGGUGUUCACAAAAUCGGAAAGCUGGGGAAAACAGAUGUUCAAUGAUAUCCAGCUUAUUUCUGUUCAAAAGUGACAGUUAUUUUUAUUAUGCUACUGCACACGCUGUGUUGGUAUUAAGAAAACUGAGGAUUUGCAGCAAAAUGUAACUAGCUAGGCUACUUAAAUUAUCAUAAGGAAACGCUUAUCUCUGUGAUGACCAAUUAAAGCCAGUGUCUCACACUUUGCGAACUGUCCGCCAUUUUGUUUCUGAAAUCGGAACAAAUACAAAACGGUCAAAUCGGUCAAAACACCGAAAGGGACCACGGUUUACUGUUGUGGUGGUCACUUGGGUAGUUGGUUAGCAAACAUGCUUUCAGCUGCGCAGUUACUCGAUGAGCUAAUGGGUCGAGACAGAAACCUGGCACCAGAUGAGAAACGAAGUAAUGUUCGAUGGGAUCAUGAGACCGUUUGCAAAUAUUACCUGUGUGGAUUUUGUCCUGCAGAAUUAUUUACAAAUACCCGAUCUGACUUGGGACCUUGUGAAAAAAUCCAUGAUGAAAAUUUGAGAAAACAGUAUGAGAAGAGUUCUCGUUUCAUGAAAGAGGGAUAUGAGAGGGACUUCCUACGAUACCUGCAGAGUUUACUUGCAGAAGUGGAGCGUAGGAUUCGUAGGGGCCAUGCCAGGCUGGCUCUGUCACAGGCCCAGCAAAACUCUGGUGCUCCAGGGCCAUCUGGAAAGAAUGAAGAGAAGAUUCAAGUGUUAACAGAAAAAAUUGAGGAGCUUGUGCUUCAGAUUGAGGAGCUGGGCUCUGAGGGCAGGGUGGAGGAGGCCCAAGGCAUGAUGAAGCUUGUUGAGCAGUUGAAGGAUGAGAGAGAGCUGCUCAGCUCCACAACCUCUACUAUUGAGAACUUUGCAGCUCAAGAGAAGCAAAUGGAGGUUUGUGAAGUGUGCGGCGCAUUCCUUAUUGUGGGUGAUGCCCAGUCCAGAGUGGAUGAUCACCUGAUGGGCAAGCAGCACAUGGGAUAUGCCAAAAUAAAGUCCACUGUGGAAGAGCUCAAAGAGAAACUUCAUCGGAGGCCAGAGGAACCAGAGAGAGAUGACCGAGGGAAGAAGGAGAGAGAGGAGAGGGAGCGAGAGAGAGAGGAGAGAGAGAAGAAGAGGCGAAAAGAGGAGGAAGAGAAGGAAAAGGAGAGGGAAAAGGAGCGGGAAAGGGAGCGGGAGAGGGAACGAGAGAGGGAGCGAGAGCGGGAGAGGGAGCGAGAGAAGGAGAAGGAGCGUGACCGGGACAGGGAGCGUGAGCGUGAACGUGAUAGACGUAGCCGCCGCAGCCAUUCUCAUAGCCGCCACUCCAGCAGAACAUCAGACCGGAGGAGGAGCCGGUCCAGAGAGCGCAAGAGGUCAAGGAGCAAGGAGAGAGACAGGAAGCGCAGCAGGAGCCGGGACAGAGAUCGGCGGCGCAGCCGGGACCGCUCGGAGCGGAAGUACCGCUCGCGGAGCCGGGAGAGACGGAGAUCCCGCAGCUCAGACCGCAAGGCCCACAAACACCGGAGCCACAGCAGAGACCGGGAGCGCAGGUCCAGAGACAAAGACCGUAAUGAUGCCGGUCAGAAGAGCAGCAAGAAAGCGGUCAGCAAUGAAAAGCCCAGUGAGGUCCCCAAAGCUGAGCCAAUGGAAGUGGAGGCUCCCAGGGCCGAGCUGAACGGCACCAGUGAAGACAUGCAUUCUGCAGGUGACACUCAGUCCAAUUAAAACUGAUCUGAUAGGACCUCAGAUCAGGUUGAGGUAAGUGUAAUCUCCUGCCCAUCCUGGCUCUUCCCCCUUCCUCCCCCCCACCCCCCUUUUUUAUUUUUAGCUGUGUUCUUGAUUUUUCCCCGUUUUUCACAGUGCAGUGUAAGUAUGCACGGAGGAAGAUGGAACUAGACAGAUGAAGAAAAUAGAAACAAACACAAACCGAGAGGAAAAACCAGUGUAGUCCUGCAAAACGUGUUGGAGGUACUUUGUUUUGUAUCGGCUGUAUAUGCAUUUAAUUUACUUGAAGCACAAAUUAUAACCCAGAUUCGUCAAGUAGAGUUCACACUUGCAUCUGUACUUUAAGUGAAACACAAAUGUUUAUUAAAGCACAGUUUUUGACUGAUUAAAUCAGUACAUAAUUUUGUUUCCUUUUUAUAUAUAAAAAUUAUCUAGCUCAUAAAUCAUUGACCUAUCUUUAACAAAACCAUUUUUUCCUAGGUCUCGUAUUUAACCAUUUCCUUCCCACAGUGAUUGAAGCACGUGAAAGGAUCGUUGCUUUUACUUUGUAUGUGAAUGCAGUCUGUUAGUCUUUCUUUCCCCAAUGACAAGGUUGUUUGCCAUUCUGUGCUUCAUUGCCUUGCAUUCUAAUGCAGUUUGCUCUGAAAGUCGAGAGCCAAUAGCAUUGGAAUGAUGGAAGUGUAGGGUUAAUGAAUUAUUGCAGCUGACUUCCAUACCUCGCACAGCGUUGGUGUUGUGAGCGACCCAUGAAAAGCCAAAUUAAAAAUCAAGGAUACUGUCAAACUGUGCAGGUACUCACCCCAGGUACUCCUUUCUCUACCAACAUCAAUGUUUGAAUGCUGUUGCCUGUGAACCUUUUUUAAAGCUUGCUGUCGUGCAUUUUUGUUUGAUAGACUUAAAGAUCUUUAUUCCAUUUUCCUUUUUUUCUGUGUACUUAACUGGUGAUUCAGUCAGACAGCAAAGCGGUUUGCAUUGUCUGCAAAUUUAAGGCAGUAUCGUUUUGUCAAUUUGUCAUUUAUUUCAGCUGAAAUAAAUGUAUGUUGUGACAAAAUGUAACAGUGCCUUAAUUUAAUCUUGAGAGGAAAGUUCAAACCACCUUGCCCUUUGAGUGAAUCGCCCCCUUACUUGUAAACUCAUCACCAUAUAUUUGCAUAAAUGGUGAACUGCAAAUCCGCAAAGUUGGUUAUAAUUUCAAGAUCCUAUCAAAAACCUUUUGUAACAGCUACCUUAAAACCUUACUCUAUGCCUUGUGUUAUUACAUUAUCAGCUUCUAUAACUGGUUAUGAUAUGUAUACAUCUUCUAGUGUUGACUGGAGAAUAACUAUUGUUUUCUUAGAAAUGCAGAGCAUUGUGAAAUGACCUAAAGGUUUAUAUUAAACUUCAGAAUAUGAAUUAAGUGUUGGUAAAUAAUUGGAAUUAGUAAUAAUUUAAACCAAAAAUGGUAUAGGCUGACUACUGAUUUCUCAUGUUCCGAUUAGUUGGAUCCGUUAAAGAAAUGUUACAUUUCUGUGGUGUAUCAAUUAUUGGUGUAAGGUUCUUGAGGAAUACAGUAUUCUGUAUUGUAUUUCUUGUGCUGUUAGCUGCUGCUACACAAAGUAAGGAGUGUCACGUACUAAUGGAGUGUUCUUUCAACAUUUAUACACAUUAGGGGAUGCCAUAUGGAGGAAGACCUGAAGAUUACCUGUCCUGAACCUGCUAUUCUGCUCCUUAAAACAAGGUGAACCAGAGAUGUAAUGACAAAAAAAACUCGUAAAAUAGAUAUAACCCCUUUCAAGCUCAUUUUCAGGACUGCUCAUCAUUUUUGAUAUUUUGUCAGUAAUUCAUACUGCACACAUUCAGAGUACAUCCAAGUGUGCAAGUUCUGUUACCAUUUAGUAACCAGAAAUACAAAUAUUGUACAUGUGGCUUGUUUGGUUUAUAAUUUCAGAUUUUACUACACCAUUUCCCCCUGUUGUACCAGUUUGUGAAAACAUUUGUAGUGUUGACUGGAAAUCUCAACUAGAGUCCAAAAUUAAUUUUACCUGUUCCAAUUUCUGCCCCUUUGUGUAAGGUGUAAGUCAUAAGGAUCAUCUUCUAGCUUUAAAAAAAGUUAUGUUUUGAUUGGAGUAAAUAAAAAUCUGUAUUUUUUUGUGUUACGCUGCAAAUAAUAAAUGAUUGAAAGUA